AUGGAACUGGCACUGACGAUAUUACUGUGUGUGAGCGCGGCCCUAAGAGUGGGGGCGCAGGAUGGCUCCUACGUGCUGGAUUCACGAGGCGUGGAGGUGGAGCAGGGACUCCAGCCUUCCCCAGAACUCUUCCAGAACCACCAGGCCUUCUCCCAAGCCUUCAAAGAACGCUCUGAAGAGAUGGCCCUGCAGUACAGUCUUGGCCAAGUCGAAUACAAUGAUCCUAACCCGGAGUAUGCUUGGGCUUACGAGGUCGACGCCAAAUCGACCGGGGACAUGAAGUCUGCCCGAGAGGAACGUCGAGGUGACGUGGUCGUGGGUCAGUACUCGGUCAUGGACCCCGACGGGUCUCUGCGCGUGGUCGACUACUCGGUGGCUCCCGGCACAGGCUUCCAGGCCACCGUCCGCAAGGAGUACACGGGCGAGGCUUUCCAGGGUCAGGAGCAGAGACUGCAGGCUCAGGCCAAGCAGUACAGUGCAAUCCAACAGGAAAGCAACUACCAACAGAACCGCAACCAGUACCAACAGAACCGUGGCCAGUACUCACAGAACCGCAACCAGUACCAGGAAAACCGUGACCAGUACUCCCAGAACUACAAUGAGUACCAACAGAAUCGCAACCAGUACCAACAGAACCGUGGCCAGUACUCACAGAACAACAAUGAGUACCAACAGAACCGUGGCCAGUAUUCCCAGAACAACAAUGAGUACCAACAGAACCGUGGCCAGUAUUCCCAGAACAACAAUGAGUACCAACAGAACCGUGGGCAGUACUCACAGAACCGCAACCAGUACCAGGAAGCCCGUGGCCAGUACUCCCAGAACUACGAUGUAAACCGACAGAAUCGCAACCAGAACUUGGAAAACAUUAACCAAUAUUUUCAGAACCGCAAUCAAUAUCAACAGAACCGCAAUCAAUAUCAGCGAAACCGCAACCAAUAUUCUCAGUACAGCAACGAUUACCAACAGACCCGCUAUCAGAACCAACAGAACUACAAUGAGUACCAACUGAAGCCUAUUCAGUAUUCUCAGAACCUCAACGGGUACCAACAGGACCAGAAUCAGAAUCAGCAGAACCGUUACCAAUUUUUACAGAAUCGUAACCGGUAUCAGCAGAACCGCAAUCAGUACCAUCAGAGCCGCGACCAGUCCUACCAGAAUCGUGAUCAGUCCUACCAGAACCGCAACCAGUUCCAGCAGAACCGCAAACAGUACCAGCAGAACAGCAAUCAGUACCAGCAGAGCCGCGAACAGUCCUACCAGAACCACAAUCAAUACCAACAGAACCGUAACCAGUUCCAGCAGCUGACACACUUCCAGCAGAACCGCGAUCAAAGCCUUUCCAGUCGCAACAACAACGUCAGGUACAACUUCCAGCGUUAUGGAACCAACCGCUUCAAUCAGAACCUGAACCACCCUUCGCCCAGCCUCUACAGCCAGAACCAAAACUACCUUCUGGCCCGCUAUGGAUCCGGUUCUCAGAACCAGUACAACAACCAGUACAACAACCGCGUCUACAGCCAGUACAGCACCCAAGUAAACAGGAACCAGCAGAACCAAGGUUACUCUCCCGUCAGCGAUAUCAAGGAAAUGAUAGUGAUUAAGAACAUUGCAACUUCUAACAGUUUUACCCUCAUGCUAAAGUUACCAGGACGAUGA